AUGGCACACCCUGAUCUCACAUCACAUCAUGUCAAUUACCUAAUAUGGAGGUACCUCCAAGAAUCAGGACAUGGCGAAGCUGCAAUCACAUUGCAGCGCGCGUGGAAUCAUGACCCGCAGAGUUUGCCAUUUGCCCCAUACAUCAAAACCCAUGCUCUUGUCUCGUUAGUUCAAAAAGGCCUACAGUAUUACGAACUGGAGCAUUCUAUUGAUCGGGAUGGAAAUGCGAUAUCUUAUUCACCAUCGACUUAUUUCUUCGGACCAGCUCCCUUGGAGCCGGAGACGUCAAAGGUGCAAAACGGCUCGGAGGAGGCAGCAGUUGGCACAGCCCAGGCGCCUGUCUCUCCCGCAAGCAAAGUUGCGCGCGAGAGCGGCGGCGUGACCAACGGUCAUUUGACGGCCGAGGCUGCCGCCCCCCAGCCCGUCCGAACUGUGAAGAAAGCUCGCAAAAGCGACCGCUCAGAAACUAACGGAGAUGAGGUGCCGAUGGAGGUAGAUUCCAAUGGGGUCACACAUCCAGAGGUCAAAGCCGCAGUGGCACCUGAAGAGUCGCCAUCAACAGCCGAGCUGGCCGUGGAUGGGGAUGGCGACGUGAGCAUGGGCAUCCGACCGGAAUCGCAGGACCACCAGGAACCACCCGCACCACCGCCGCCAACCUUUACCCUGACAACCGGCCACAGCGUUGGCGUACAGAUCACCCCCGCCAAGGCGGCCGACCUGGCGCCCGACACAGCCCUUCUGGAGGUGGCUGGUGAUGAUCACGUGACGAGAACACUGUGGCGUCCCAAUGACCCCACCGUUGUCGUCGCCGCUGGUGAUACAUUCUGUAGUCUAUGGAGAUUGUCGUCAACCGCGCUCCCUGUGCAAGAAAAGCUUGUUGAGAAUAAUGGAGACCGUACAUGUGUCUCAGCAGUCUCCUGGGAGCCCAACGGACACAAGUUGGCUGUGGCGACAUACAAUGAUAUGAGAGGCUCGAUCACGAUGUAUGACGUCUUUGGACACGCCGUGGACCUGCUCCCAGAGGUUCCGCGGAUGAUCACCGGCUUGCACUGGGUGGAAAAUGGCUCGAAGUUGAUUGUGGUUGCUUCCGACAGUCGAAUUUCCGAGCUUGCUCUGUGGGACGAUUCUCUACGUCCGGAUGAAUUCCCCUCCCCGCAGGUCAUCGACGGGACUGUACUCGAUCUGUGCUGGCUGGGAUGCAGCCAAGUCUAUGCUUGCGGUCCUGGCACUGUCUAUCAGUGUGAUGUGGAUUCCAGCGUUCACAUCUCACAGACUUUCAAAUCAAGCAAUGCAGAGAGGCUUUGGGCUUUUAUCCGUUGUGCUAGUGUUGGCCCCUCACCCGUGGCCGUUGCCGCAUCCUCCGCCAAAGCUGCCCUCUGGGUUCCGACUCACGAUAUAUACGUCGACAAUGCUCACGAAGGCGAGAUCACUGCAAUUGAAAUCAAGCCAAACGGAGAACAGUCUGCGGUAACUCAAACUGUCUUCAUGGCCUCGUCUUCAACGGACGAUACGGUGAAAGUUUGGCGGAUUGAUCUGGAUUCCAAGCGAUUUGAAUGUAUACAUCAACUCUCCCUUGGCCCCUCAUCGCCCGCUCUGGCUGCUAGUUUCUCACCAGAUGGCUACGCCCUUGCAGCUGCCAGCAAGGACAGUCUGCUCAUCUGGAACGCACAAAGAGGCGGGACCGCGAUGGCUGCAUGGAAAGCCCCAGGACGUGAAGAGCGGAAAUCAGAAGAUGAACCAGGGGCCCCCGUCAACGGACCUAAUGGAAUUACAGAACCGGUCCUGGACCGUUCUCUGGCGUGGGAUACUGAUGGCAAGAAACUUGCGUUUGGAUUUGGUAACCACGUAUGGCAAUUUCGACCCUAA